AUGGAUUCCCUAUGGUUUUCAGAUAUCUGCGGGCACCAUGUUUCUCCCUUUACCAUGUUGGAUUUUGAUCAAUCCUGUCAUAGAAAACAUGGGUUUUCCUUGGAGAACAAGCUUGUUUUUGGUAGAAAACCAUACAAGCAAGCCUUAACAAUCGCCCGAGUCGUGAGUCCAUCGCAACUAGCGAUUGUUCCGUCUCCGGAUAAAGAACCCGUCGACCCGGAUCAGAGCCAUGUUGCUUGGACGAGUGUGAAACAAGAACGAUGGGAAGGAGAGCUGGUUGUGCAAGGAGAAAUACCUUUAUGGCUGAAAGGAACGUACCUCAGAAACGGUCCAGGUCUAUGGCAUAUAGAAGAUUACAACUUCCGUCACCUCUUUGACGGCUACGCCACACUAGUGAAGCUCCACUUUGAGGACGGCCGGUUAAUCGCCGGUCACCGCCAAAUCGAAUCGGAAGCCUACAAGGCCGCAAAGAAGAACAAAAAGAUUUGCUUCCGGGAAUUCUCGGAGGUUCCUAAGCAUGAAAACUUCAUGGCCUAUGUUGGGGAUCUAGCAAAGCUCUUCUCUGGGUCAUCUUUAACGGAUAAUGCCAACACCGGCGUCGUGAAACUCGGGGAUGGACGAGUGGUUUGCCUGACGGAAACUCAAAAAGGGUCCUUGGUUAUCGACCCCAACAGCUUGGAAACACUUGGGAGGUUCGAAUAUAGCGAUAGCCUUGGGGGAUUGAUACACUCGGCUCAUCCUAUAGUGACCGAUGCCGAGUUCUUGACCCUGUUGCCAGAUUUGUUGAAGCCUGGGUACUUAGUGGUCCGUAUGGAGCCAGGGACCAAUGAAAGGAAGGUGAUUGGAAGGGUGAACUGCAGUGGAGGACCAGCUCCAGGUUGGGUCCAUUCUUUUCCGGUGACUCAACACUAUGUUGUGGUGCCUGAAAUGCCAUUGAGGUACUGUGCACAAAAUUUGCUCCGAGCUGAGCCUACUCCUUUGUACAAAUUUGAGUGGCAUCCUCAAUCUAAAGCCUUCCUGCAUGUCAUGUGUAAAGCUAGUGGAAAAGUAGUGACGAGUGUGGAAGUGCCGUUAUUCGUGACCUUUCAUUUCAUCAAUGCAUACGAAGAGGAAGAUGAAGAUGGGAGAGUGACUUCUAUUAUCGCUGAUUGUUGUGAACACCACGCCGACACCUCCAUUUUAGAUCAGCUUAGGCUUAAAAACCUCCGGUUCUUCAAGGGGGAGGAUGUUCUACCAGAUGCAAGGGUGGGAAGAUUCAAAAUCCCAUUGGAUGGGAGUCGGAAUGGAAAGUUGGAGGCUGCAUUGGAGGCAGAUGAACAUGGAAGAGGCAUAGACAUGUGCAGCAUAAACCCUGCUUAUUUGGGUAAAAAAUAUAGAUACGCUUAUGCUUGUGGAGCUCAACGCCCAUGUCAUUUCCCCAACACCCUCACCAAGCUUGAUUUCGUAGAGAAAAAGGCAAAGAAUUGGUACGAUGAGGGAGCUGUGCCAUCGGAGCCAUUCUUUGUGGCUCGACCAGGUGCCACUGAGGAAGAUGAUGGCGUUGUAAUCUCCCUAAUCAGUGAGAAAAAUGGAGGUGGAUAUGCUUUAUUGUUGGACGGUUCAACUUUCAAAGAAAUUACAAGAGCAAAGCUCCCUUAUGGUCUACCUUAUGGCUUACAUGGAUGUUGGGUACCCAAGAAAUAA